AAAAAAUCGUCAAAACUCUCGCGGGCGGUGACCUGACCCGAGAACCCUAGCCCGCUUCCAAAACCUCUCUCCCUUCGCUUCGAGUCCGGUGCUCCGCCAUGUGGGCAAGCGCAGACGGCGGCCCGCCGGAGGUCACCGUGGAGACCUCCAUGGGUCCCUUCACCGUCGAGAUGUACUAUAAGCACGCUCCAAAGACCUGCAGGAACUUCGUCGAGCUUUCACGGAGAGGAUACUACGAUGACGUCAAGUUCCAUAGGAUCAUCAAGGAUUUUAUGGUACAAGGCGGUGAUCCUACUGGAACUGGGAGAGGUGGAGAAUCUAUCUAUGGUGCGAAGUUUGAGGAUGAGAUUAAACCGGAGCUGAAGCAUACUGGAGCAGGGAUCUUGUCGAUGGCAAAUGCGGGACCUAAUACAAAUGGAAGCCAGUUCUUUAUCACUCUAGCACCGGCACAGCAUUUGGAUGGAAAGCAUACCAUAUUUGGGAGAGUUUGCAGAGGGAUGGAAAUCAUCAAGCGUCUUGGAAGUGUUCAAACUGAUAAUAGUGAUAGGCCUAUCCAUGAAGUGAAGAUAUUGAGGACAACAGUGAAGGACUGAUAUGUUCCAAGUAACUCCAUAUAUCUGUAUGUUGCAAAAACCACCGGAGAUCGUGCACUUUGUGCUUGAAUAUUGACAAAAUGUUUGAGCUUCUUUUAUGUCAAGACUAUCCGCUUGAAUAUAGACAAACUGUUUGAGCUUCUUUUAUGUCAAGACUAGCUUGAUACCGCGGCUGUAAAUCUGUCUUUUGAAGGAAAAAAGAAAUUAUGGAAGAACAUGUACAAGACAACCCUCCGUGGCUAUUCUAAUCAUUCCAAAGUAGAGAUUUUUAUGAAUUUUAAGUGUGAUGAUUAUGUUACUAUAACCUCAAAGAAGAAAUGAAUUAUAAAUGUGGUAAUUA